AUGGCGUUUCGUCGACUCCGACGAUGCCUGGCCACCGUCUCCGUCUCCAUGGCCGUUUGGGGGCGCGCCUUCGGUGGAGCGAGCAUGCGCCCUCAUGCAGGCCUUGGCGCCGCCGUGCCCACGAUCGGCGCGAUCGGCACACCGCGGAUUCUCGCACGCUGGGCUGCUGCCCAAGGAGUCUUGGAGGACGUGACUCGUGAGCUCCGGCGCUACCUGGACGAGCGCGGUGUGCGGCACCAGGAUUGCUUCGAGAAGCAAGAGUUGCUGGAGCGUGUCCAGGAGCACAUGGCACAGGAGAGCCAAGCUGGCCGUUCUACACGGAGUGAAGCGGCGGCUGCGCGGUCGGCUCGCAGUUCCACAGCCUCACGCUUUGCUCAGUUUGGGGACCUGGUGGAUGUGCCCGCGCAGGGCCAAGAGGAGGGCGUUUUUAUUUUCCUGCACGGCUUUGGCGAUUCAGCACGGGGCUUUGCAAGCCAACUUCCCAACCUGCUGCAGAUGCCCCAGAUGCGGUAUGUGCUGCCAACGGCACCUUCAUUGGGAGGCAUGCGCUCCUGGUUUACGCCGGCUGCUUUGGGUGGCGGUGGAGAAAGCGUGGCGGUGAAGGAGAGCGUGGAGUAUGUGCACGAGUUGAUCCGCCAAGAAAUCACGCGUGGUGUCCGUCCAGGGCAGAUUUUUGUGGGUGGUUUCUCGCAAGGCGGCUGUGUGGCCGUGCGGGCUGCCUUGAGUUUCCCGGAUGCCUCACUGGGUGGUGCAGUGGCGGCUUCCACGUUCUUGAGCAUGAGCAGGAGUCCGGAGGCUGUGAGCAUUGCAGAGCCCAACAGGCGUUUGCCGGUCCUUGGCUGCCACGGAGAUGCGGAUGGGGCUGUGCCCAGCUUGGCUGGGAAGCAGCUCGUGGAGCAGCUGAGAAACCAAGGCGUUCCAGCAGAGUUCAAGAGCUAUCCCACCAUGGGCCAUGCCUAUUGCCCGGAGGAGGCCCGGGACGUGGUGUCCUUCCUGACGCAACACCUGCGGAAGUCGCGCCCGCGCGGGGCAGAAGCCUUGGAGCAGAUGUCCGCCAAGGAACUGAAAGCCUUGCUGCUGGAGAAUGGAGUAAGUACCCUGGGUUGCUUUGAGAAGUGGGAGCUGCUGGAGCGCGCGAAAGAAGCGAAUCUGUAG